AUGCUGACCAGCAUCACCGAUGGGCUCCUGUGCUGCCUGAUGGGCAAAACCACCAAUGCCGUGGGGCCGCUGGACAGUGUUGAGUCCAGCAAUGGCUACAGCUUCAUGGAGGUGAAGCCAGGGAGGAUCUUACGGGUCCGGCACAGCGCGCCCAACCGCCUGGGACCGGAGGGGCCUGAGGAGAGCCAGCCUGGGGGGCCGGAGCGGGGCACAGUGCACUGCAAGCGCAAGAUCACCGUCUACCGCAACGGGCAGCUGGUGAUCGAGAACCUGGGCGACGCCGUCCGCUCUGAGAUCCUGCACUGCCGCCACAGCGGCUCGGGGGAGCCCAGCAGCACCGUGGAGCUGGAGCUCUCCGAAUUGGCUGCCCAAGCGCCUGCCGGCACGCCAGGAUGCGGCACACCGGGAUGCGGCACACGGGAGGGCAAUGCCACCGCCGCCCCCGCCAAGCGCCGCAAGCGGAAACCCAAAAAAGUGGUCAACAUCGACUGCAAGAAGCAGAUCACGAGCUGCAAGGGGACGCACGGCGACGUGGUGCUGUUCUUCAUCCACGGCGUGGGCGGCUCGCUGGACAUCUGGAAAGAGCAGCUGGACUUCUUCAUCAAGCUGGGCUACGAAGUGGUGGCUCCUGACCUGGCUGGCCACGGCUGCAGCUCUGCUCCCCAAAUUGCCGCUGCCUACACCUUCUACGCGCUGGCAGAGGACAUGAGGGCCAUCUUCAAGCGCUACGCCAAGAAGAGGAAUAUCUUGAUAGGACACUCGUAUGGGGUGUCCUUCUGCACCUUCCUUGCCCACGAGUACCCCGAGCUGGUCCAUAAGGUGAUCAUGAUCAAUGGGGGGGGCCCAACGGCGCUGGAGCCCAGCCUGUGCUCCAUCUUCAACAUGCCCACCUGCGUGCUGCACUGCCUGUCCCCCUGCCUGGCCUGGAGCUUCCUCAAGGCCGGCUUUGCUCGCCAAGGUGCCAAAGAGAAGCAGCUGCUGAAGGAAGGCAACGCCUUCAACGUCUCCUCCUUCGUGCUGCGCGCCAUGAUGAGCGGGCAGUACUGGCCUGAGGGUGACGAGGUUUACCACGCCGAGCUGGCUGUGCCCGUGCUGCUGGUCCAUGGCAUGCACGACAAGUUCGUCCCGGUGGAGGAGGACCAGCGAAUGGCUGAGGUACGGGACCAAGCAGGGCUGGGGGUGGUGGGCAAUGCGGGCAGGGGGCUCGGGGGCAGCCACAUGGUGAUGAUGGAGUGUCCUGAGACGGUCAACACGCUGCUCCACGAGUUCAUCCUCUGGGAGCCCGAGACGCCAGCCGGGGACGGCCAAGGCGAGAAGAAAUAA